AGAGUAAACUGUAAAGAUAUAGGUAAGACACAGUGAAAAAGUUAACAAGUAGGUUAAACAUUAACCACAAAAUCACUUAAAUAACAAAAAAAUAUGAAUGGUUUCUCAUAUCAUUCAGAUUUUUUAGUUUCCUGUUAUAAAAAUCACAUGUAAUCAGCAAUAUUUUUUUUAGAAAGCACAGAAUGACCAUAGUAAAGACAGUGUUGGACUUUGGCUGUGUUGGACUUUAGCUGAAGACAAUAGUCACCAAAACACCCCUAAUAAAAAAAAGUAGGUAUGGGCCUCUACUUUAACCUGUCCAUAUAUAAGAAAGUGGUAAGGAUACAGUGCAUAGAACAGAACUGCUGUACUGUAGAACCUUCAUUACAGGUAAGAUACCAACCUUGGACCUAUUUUAUUUUUCUCCUGUUUACUGUAUGCCUCAUGGGUUCUUUUUUUUGGUUGUUAACAUUUUAAGCCUCUUUAGUACAUUCUACAUUUCUCUAUAUGUUUUUCCAUCUUUGUUUUUCAGAAACUAGUGAAACCCCUCUACAAGAAUGUCAAACAAGGAGCAAAUCCAACACGCUGCAGCAGAAGUGCUGGGCUGCAUAGAGAAAGUGUCCUCCUUCGCUUCCUCUUUCAACCCUCUGUUUGAUAUUGUCACCAAACUGGUUGGUGCAGUGAGGAAAGGCUUGGAAGAAGAUGAGAAGUUCAACAAGCUGGAGAAGGAAUUCCAGCAGAUUGAUGACAAGUUGGAGAGCAUCUCUGUACAGAACAAGCAGCUGCUGGACCAGAUCCUCAUUCAAGAGAUCAACACAAACUAUGGUCAGCUGGAACAGAACAUCGAGACCCAGUACAAAGCCUUCAAGAACAUGGUAGACAGGAUCAGGAAGAACCCCGACAAUGAGAUGGUUUACAAAGAGGAUUUCAAGGAUAUCUAUAGAAAGCAAGGCAGCUUUCAGAAUUUGCUAAUGUACUAUAACUCCGUCAUGGAAAAGCAGGGUCCAUUUGAGAGGCCACUACUGAAAUAUUAUCUAGAGCAGUCCGAGAGGAACAAGAAGUUUAUGGAGGCAAAAUGCGCUCAUCUGACCAACCUCUUCUACAUCGGCCUCAUAGCUCUGAUGGCCUACUAUGUAGUCACUGGGGAUGAUGAGGAGGAGUUCAAGAAAGAAUGGGGCCAAAAGGUCUUGGAAAUUCAGACCAAGAUGCAAGAAGUCCUGGCUGAGUGUAGUUAGCAGAAGUGAUGCCAAAUUCUCAUUCUGUAUUGUUUCUAUGCCUUGUUAUUUGAUCAGCACCUAAAACUACACUUUUAAUUCACUUUAAGCAGAUUACACAACAUUUUUAUGACUGUAUAGAUCAUACAUGUUGAUGAAUAUAUAUAGUAAAGCUGAAGAAAUAUUUGUGUAUUAUGAUCAGAGUUAUUGAUUUGAUUUAAAAUAAAAAAAAGGUCUUUUCUAACAAAAUGAUUUUAUUGAC